AUGUUAAAAGGAUAUCUCAAAGGUGUUGUAGACCUAGUGAACAAUCUAACUGAACCAGCUGGUUCAGACGAAAAUCUAACUUCUGGUGAUACUCCGGAAGUUCUUGGGGAAGGAUUUAAAGAUCAGGAUAACGGUAGUUCCAAUAGACCACGAACACUUAAUUCUGUGCCCAACUCACAGAGCGUUGACAAUUCGGAAUCAAGUAGUGUACUUAGUUGGAUUGGAAGUUUAAUAGCAGCCAAUGGUGAGAACUCCAUGUUGUUCUAUGUGGACUCUCUUGCAUCUAUGGAGAUAAAUCCAAAUGAUGAUAAUGAAAAACAAACUGAUCAGGAAUCUGAAAAAUCAUUAGUUAUAACCGAAGAUAUUUCGAAAAUUGAAGCACCUGAAGUGUCUAAAUCACAAGAAGAUAACAAAUUGAUAACCCAUAAUAUAAAUUGUGAUUGGACGGAUAAAUUUUCAGUCAAAACUUCACAUGUUUGGGAACAGAUUAAAAAGGAUUUUAAUGAAGUUGUUCAUUCUGUCUCUGAACCAAAAGAUAUUGUAUAUCGUACUGCUUUUUCAGUUCGUGAUCGUAUCACAGCUGCUGCAAAUACAGUAAAGAACCUAAAUCCUAAUGAAUUUCUUUUGCCGGAUAAUGAAUCGGAAACUGAUCAACAGUUUACAAAGAAGGGAAAUAUCGUUAAUGAUGACUUAACGGCCUUACCACCGGCGUUGCCUAGCUUCACGAAUAUUAAACAAGAUGUAUCCCAGUUGGUCGAUUCUUUAUAUAAUGGUAUAAUGUCGACUGGCACGUAUUUCGGUUUAAUAACUGGAGAAAAUCAAUGUAAAGAUAAAAGUAAACACCAAACUCGUCUUGAUUUACUUAGAGCAGAUCCUGCAACAUAUGAAUUGGAACCACCAAUGCCUCCAGCAUCGUCUGGUAUACAUUCAUAUCAUGAUUGGAGAUCAGCGUAUUUUGAUGAAGAUAAUUGUCAACCAAUGAAUGGUGUCCUGUUAGCAAAUGCUAAAAGUCAUGAAUAUAGUAAUGUUCCAAUUGAAGAACUUACACAAGCACCACAUCCUAGUCCUGAAGAAUUAUUGGAUUCAUAUCCUUUUAUGCGAACAUAUUUAACUCAACUUGUUCAUCCAGAUGGUAAAAUUAAUGAUAAAUCUAUGAGUGAUGCUGAUUUCUGGUCAAGGUAUUACUAUCGUGUAUGGUUAUUGGAUUCAACUGAAUUUCAUAGAAGAAAACUUAAUGAACGAGUUGAAUUCGUCUCAACUGUCAAGCAAACCAUACCGAAUGAACCUACUCGGUAUGCUAACGAUACCAAUGAAACCUGUAAAAAUCUAAAUGUUACUCAAGAUGAUGAAUGGCCAGAUAGUGAUGAUCAUACAACCGUGGAGAAUGAAUCAGAAAUUUCAAAUGAUGAAUUCAUCACAAAAUUCUGUGAUAAUGAUACUACUAUUACUAGUACCAGAAGUGAUUCGCAGUGCAGUAGUAGAUCUUUCAAUCACAACAAUAGCAUUGAAAAGAAAAUCCGCCGUAAUAGUGAUAGUAGUAGUAAUAAUAAUGAUAAUGAGAAAUCAAAUCACGAAAGCAAGUCUAAAAGAAAACAUAGUUACAGAAAACCAUUGAAUAAAAGCAAACACUUGAGGAAGUUAAGUUGUAACAAGAAAGAAAACUUGUCGGAUAGUCUUAAACCGGACACUAUAAAAGUCGAAUGUUCAUCUACUCUACCGACAGAAGACCAAAAUCCAACAAAUGUCUUGUCAGAUUUUGAAGAAAUGACAUCUGGUUUAUCAUCAGUUGUGAUACUUGCAGAUGAAAUGGAAAAUGAUGAAAUGACAACUGCAAAAGCAUUUACAACAGAUAAAUCAACCGUCCAUUCUUCUGAAAGGUCUACUAUUGAAUAUAAGGCAUCAAUUUCUGAUGAUGAAGCUUGGAGUGAUUCCGAAAAUGAACGUAAAAAUUACUCACUGGAUAAAACCAAUAAGAAGUCCACUGAAACUAAUAAUAAUAAAGACAAGGCCGUCACAAUUAAGAAUUCUGAGCUACAGUUAACUGAUGAGAUUGAUGAUUGGGAGAAUUGGUCAUAA